UUGACGUCUGUAACAUUCGUUUCCUUAUAUUUGUGCUCCUGGGUUUUAUGUUCAUUGUUUUCUAUUGUUUGCCCUUAAUACUUAACUUAUAACUAGUUAAGCUCCUUGUCACUGUGCUUUGAAAGGUGCUUUAAGAAUAACUGAACACAAUUGUAGUAGUAGUAGUAGUAGUAGUAUUAUGUACUCUAACUGCUUCAGAUGUGUGUCCCCCUGUGAUUCUUUUUAAAGAACAAAGAUUCACAUCAAAGGUAGCAGUGAUCAUGUGAUCAGUGUUGCCCUGCUGGCCAAUCAACACAAGUCUUUACUCUGAAGAGAGGAGAAAGUGUUGGGUUGUUUGUCAUUCAACACGACGAUUUCAACAUGAAGACAUCUCCGAAGUUCGUUCUCUAUCUGACAUGUUUCUACUUGGUGAAAAUGGUUCAGAUGCAUCAUUUUAUCUUGUCUCAUCAAGACAAUGGAUUUAUAUCAGCUGAUGUUGGAGACAACUUGACUUUGCAGUGUUUCUAUAAGGGGGAUGACAAUAAAAUGUAUUUGUACAAACAAACACCAGGACAGAAACCUCGAAUUAUCUCAAAGACGUACAAAUUCUCGAAAGAUUUUCCGUUAUUGAAUGAAUUCAAGAACAAUUCACGCUUCACUGUGGAAACUAAUGAUGUUGUGAGUCGCCUAAAUAUCUCAGAUCUGCAGCUUUCAGACUCAGCUACUUACUACUGUUUACAGAGUAUUUCAUAUGUGUUUGAGUUUACUGAGGGCGUCACUCUCAGUGUGAAAGGUUCAGGGUCUAACAUCCAGGCUGUGGUGCAUCAGUCUGAGAGCAUCCAGCCAGGAGGCUCUGUGACUCUCAGCUGUACAGUUCACACUGGGACCUGUGAUGGAGAACACAGUGUUUACUGGGUCAAGAACCCUGAAGAUCCUCAGCCAGGACUCAUUUACACCCACGGAGACAGGAACGAUCAGUGUGAGAGGAAACCUGACACACAGACCCACACCUGUGUCUACAACUUGUCAAUGGAGAGACGGAACCAUUCUCAUGCUGGGACCUACUACUGUGCUGUCGCUGCAUGUGGACACAUUGUGUUUGGAGACGGGACCAAAGUGGACUUUGAAGAGGUGGUGGACUAUCUUCCCUUGGUGUAUUUCCUGAGCGGAGCUCUGGCGUUCACCACAAUCCUGGUUGUUUCUCUGGCUUACACAGCACGAAGAGCGCUCAAGACAAACUGCUGCCAGGGCUCAGAAUCUCAAGCAGCUGCAGCAGCUCUGAAUGUGGAGGGUCAUCAAGAUGAAGACAACCCACAUUAUGCUGCUUUAAUGGAGCACAGCUUCAGCAGAGCAAGAAGACAAACAGACAGGGACGGGAGUGAAUGUGUGUACACCAGUGUAAAGCAGUAGAGCUGAACAUCUUACACUUCCAUACAUGAUGAAUGUAAAGCUUCUCUAUGCAACACAAAUUAAAGAUUUUAAAUCAGCCGAA